CUCGGUCGCUGCCUCGCUGGGGUGGCCCCACGCAGGCUGUCCUGUCACCCAUGAGGUUUAAAAAUAAAAAUAAAAGAAUCUGCCCUGACACUGUUUCUUGUGGCAAUGUUCAGUAAAGGUUUUUUCAGACUGUGUUUUUUAGGCUGCUGCUAGGUCUGCAGGUAGCUAACACAUUAGCCAAAGGAAAUAUUCAACACCAAUUACAAUGUCUUCCAGCAAACCUCAGAAUGAGAAUGAAAAACCCAAGGGGAGAAAUCCAGGACUGAGGGGUGUACAGACAACUAUGUUGUUCAGAGCUGUGAACCCCGAGCUUUUCAUUAAACCUAACAAACCUGUGAUGGCAUUUGGACUCGUAGCAAUUACCCUCUGCGUGGCCUACCUUGGGUACUUGCAUGCAACAGCAGAGAACAAAAAGGACCUCUAUGAAGCAGUCGACAGUGAGGGGUCCAGAUACAUGAGGAGGAAAACUUCCAAGUGGGACUGACGACGUAAGGAAGGAAAUAAGCAAGUCAUUUACAGAACUUUUUGAGGCAACUACUGUUUUUUCAUCUGCCCACUAAAAUAAUGCUUAAAUAUCUCUGUUGCCAUUUAAUCCAGUUUAGGUGCCAUUAUAAAAUACUGUGCCUGUACGAAUAAAUUGUAAUUAUGAUAUAUACAAACAUAAAA